CAGGAACAACUUUUCGUAUUAGAAUUGAUUGAAUAAUGGAGAACGAUGAACUCAGCAUGGAGGUGGUGGAGCCGGAAGACGCCGAGAGCGAUAUGGAACCUGACAGCGGAAGCGAAGACGAGGAUCCAAAUAGCUUAACAUCAUCGAAGAAUCAAAAAGAAGUUUAUUUGCCGGGCAGAGCGCUAGAUGAAAAUGAAGAGUUGGUGUGUGAUGAAAGUGCCUACGUUAUGCUGCACCAAGCCUCCACUGGUGCUCCCUGCCUAAGUUUUGAUAUCGUGCCCGACGAGCUGGGAUCGGGUAGGGAGCAGUAUCCCCUGACGGCGUAUAUUGUGGCUGGAACACAAGCGGCGCGCACACACGUCAACAACCUAAUUGUGAUGAAAAUGAGCAACUUGCACAAAACACAAAAUGACGAUGAUGAUGGCGAUGAUGACGAGGAGCUGGAGGACGACCAGGACGAAGGUGUAGACCGGGAAGAGCUAAAGAAGCCAGAGAUGACAUGUGCGCUGAUUAAACAUCAAGGCUGUGUGAAUCGAGUGCGAGCCCGUCGCUUGGGUAACAGCGUAUUUGCUGCCUCCUGGAGUGAGCUAGGCCGUGUAAAUAUAUGGAAUUUGUCAAAGCAACUGCAGGCAGUCGAAGAGGCUCCCCUGUUAAAGCAAUACGAGCGUGAAACGGCAACAGAAGCCGUGCGGCCCGUGUACACAUUUAGUGGCCAUCAGCAGGAGGGCUUCGCCAUUGAUUGGAGCGCUUGCGCCGACGGCGUAUUAGCUACGGGAGACUGCCGGCGAGAUAUACACGUGUGGAGCCCACUGGAGGAUGGUUCAUGGAAAGUCGAUCAACGCCCUCUAAUUGGCCAUACAGAGUCUGUGGAAGAUUUACAAUGGAGUCCAAAUGAACGCAGCGUUUUAGCAUCGUGCUCCGUAGAUAAGACGAUACGCAUUUGGGAUUGUCGCGCGGCACCUCAAAAAGCUUGCAUGUUGACGUGUGAAAAUGCGCACGAGAGCGAUAUAAACGUAAUCUCGUGGAAUCACACCGAGCCCUUUAUUGCCAGCGGUGGCGAUGAUGGCUUCUUGCACAUUUGGGAUUUGCGUCAGUUCCAAACUAAGAAACCCAUCGCCACGUUUAAGCAUCAUACCGACCACGUGACCACAGUCGAAUGGAAUGCGAACGAAGCAACAGUCCUGGCCUCUGGCGGCGAUGACGACCAAAUCGUGCUGUGGGAUCUGGCAGUGGAAAAAGAUGCUGACCAGGCGCAAGCACCAGUAGAAAAUGAAGACGAACUAAAUAAAUUGCCGCCACAGCUGCUGUUUAUUCAUCAGGGUCAAAAGGAGAUAAAGGAGCUGCAUUGGCAUCCACAGCUUCCCGGUGUUCUGCUCUCCACAGCUCAUAGCGGCUUCAACAUUUUCCGCACAAUAAGUGUGUGAGCACUUCUAUACUUUCACACGAUCCGACAUAAAGAUCAUAUAAUAAGUAAUCUGAUGUACCAUAAAAUAAAUAAAUAGACAUAACUAAA